GGAUCAAUAUGGCGGGAAUCCUCCGCCUUUAUAUAUGCCUCAUUUGUUAAUAAAUUUGAUUAAAUAGAUUAAAAAUUGUCUUUAUUUUAAUUUUUCAAUCGGGUUUACUUGCACAAGUAGUGUAAGCAUCUCUGAGCUUUGACGUAUGGGAAAGGGAAAGAAGACGGCUAGGGUUCCGGUGGAGAAUUCGGAAGAAGAAGACGUAGAAAUGCAGGGAAAUCAAGAGAACGUGAUCGGUUCUUCGUCACAUGAGAAGAGCCUUUAUGAGAUUCUUGGGGUCGAAAGAAUAGCAUCCCAACAGGAAAUAAAAAAGGCAUAUUACAAGUUGGCUCUGCGGCUCCAUCCCGAUAAGAAUCCGGAUGAUGAGGAAGCAAAAGAGAAAUUUCAACAGCUGCAAAAGGUGAUAGCAAUUUUAGGUGAUGAGGAGAAACGAGCACUUUAUGAUCAAACUGGCUGUGUUGAUGAUGCUGACCUGGCAGGAGAUGUUGAAAACUUGAAGGAGUUUUUCCGAGCUAUGCAUCCAAAGAUUACUGAGGCUGAUAUUGAACAGUUUGAAUCAAAUUAUAGAGGAUCUGAGUCGGAGAGGAAGGACUUGAUUGAUCUAUACAAGAAGUAUAAGGGUAAAAUGAAAAGGCUCUUUUGCUCCAUGAUUUGCUCUGAUCCCAAAUUAGAUUCACACCGCUUCAAAGAUAUUCUGGACGAGGCUAUAUCAGCAGGGGAGAUAAAGUCAACCAAAGCAUAUGAGAAAUGGGAAAAGGAAGUGUCUGAAACAAAACCGCCUACAAGCCCAUUGAGGAGGCAAAAAUCAAAGAAAGAACCAGAGGAUUUAUAUGCCAUCAUAUCUCAGCGGCAAAAUGAGCGGAGAGGCAAAAUGAAUUCUAUGUUCUCAACUUUGGUUAGCAAAUAUGGUGGGGAUCCAUCUACGACAGAGCCAAGCGAGGAAGAAUUUGAAGCUGCUCGCAGAAAACUGGAGAGUAGGAAGCAAUCUAAGCGAAAGUAACUGUAAUGUAUGGCAACCUACACCGUGCUGCACGAAUUUGUUUAUGCUGUUUUCUUGUGCCUGAGCAUUAUGUAUUAGGUUGUGCAUCUUGCUGCAAGGAUUUUAAAUGCUUUUUUUUAUAUUUCUUGGUCUAUAUUGCGUGACAGUGAUAUCGUGCAUCCUUUUGGUUAUUUUAACUCCAUCACGUCUUGAAUUGUUAUCUGUUAAAAACUGGUAAUACAAACCUGAAUUGCUUCUUGAUUUGCUGGAGAAA